AUGGAGGCAAAGUCGGAGCAUUUCCCUAGACUGAGGCAAGUUCUGCUUCUCUUUGUUUUCCUGGUUCAUACUUGCGCGGAGAGGGGAGACUAUAUUGUGGUAGAAGAAACAGAGAGCGGUUCUUUUGUGGCCAACCUAGCAAAGGACCUAGAACUAGGGACAAGAGAGUUGUCCUUGCGGGGGGCGCGGGUCAUUUCUAAGGAUAAUAAAAACCACUUUAAGCUGGACAUUCAGACAGGAGAUUUGCAAGUAAAUGAGAAACCUGACCGGGAAGAACUGUGUGGCCCCAUUCAGCCUUGUGUGCUGCAAUUCCAAAUGUUACUAGAAGAACCUUUAGAGGUGUAUAGGUUUAACAUUUUGGUGACUGAUAUAAAUGACAAUGCCCCUGUGUUCCCAGAAGCAGAAAUGAUUUUGAAAAUUUUGGAAAGCAGUCUUCCAGGGUCUGCAUUUCCCCUGAAGAAUGCACAAGAUUUAGACAUAGGAAUCAAUGACAUUCAAAACUACACCAUCUACCCUAAUUCUCAUUUCCAUGUUCUCACUCAUAAUGGCAGCGAGGGCAGAAAAUACCCUGAGCUGGUGCUUGACAAAUCCCUGGAUCGCGAGGAGCAGCCCAGGCUCAGAUUAACGCUCAUGGCAGUAGAUGGUGGGGUUCCUCCAAAGACUGGCACUGCUCUGGUCCUCAUUGAUGUCUUAGACAUCAAUGACAAUGCACCUGAGUUUGCUCAGCCCUUCUCUCGUGUACAGAUCGCAGAAAACAGCCCACUUGGAUCCCUUAUUGUCACUGUCUCUGCCAGAGAUUUAGACACAGGAACAAAUGGUGAAAUAGUCUACUCAUUUUUUUAUGGUGAUGAAGAGAUUGCUAAAACAUUUGCAGUUAAUGAACGCACUGGAGAAAUAAAAAUAAUCAAGACUCUAGACUAUGAAAAGAUUGUUUCAUAUGAGGUAAACAUUAAGGCCUCUGAUGGGGCAGGUCUUUCUGGAAAGUGUACUGUCAUCGUAGAAGUACUGGAUAUAAACGACAAUACUCCAGAACUGAUCAUGGCUUCCGUUAUUAGUCCCAUCCCGGAAAAUUCCCCGGAGACCACAGUAGCUCUUUUCAGUAUUCAAGAUCGAGACUCUGGCGAAAAUGGAAGAAUGGUUUGUUCUAUCCAAGAAGAUGUUCCAUUCACGCUGAAACCCACCAUUGAAAACUUCUACAAGUUGGUGACAGAUGGAGCUCUGGACAGAGAAACCAGAGCUGAAUACAAUAUUACCAUAAGAGUCACCGAUUUGGGGUCCCCAAGACUCAAAACUGAACACACAAUAAUCAUACUUGUCUCCGACGUGAAUGACAACGCGCCCGCCUUCUCCCAAGCCUCCUACACCCUGUUCAUCCGCGAGAACAACAGCCCCGCCCUGCACAUGGGCACCAUCAGCGCCACAGACAGAGACUCAGGAGCCAACGCCCAGGUCACCUACUCGCUGCUGCCGCCCCACGACCCGCACCUGGCCCUGGCCUCCCUGGUGUCCAUCAACGCGGACAAUGGCCACCUGUUCGCGGUGAGGUCGCUGGACUACGAGGCCCUGCGAGCCUUCGAGUUCCGCGUGGGCGCCACGGACGCGGGCUCCCCCGCGCUGAGCAGCGAGGCGCUGGUGCGCGUGGUGGUCAUGGACGACAAUGACAAUGCGCCCUUCGUGCUGUACCCCAUGCAGAACGGCUCUGCGCCCUGCACCGAGCUGGUGCCCAGGGCGGCCGAGGCGGGCUACCUGGUCACCAAGGUGGUGGCGGUGGACAGCGACUCUGGCCAGAACGCCUGGCUGUCCUACCAGCUGCUCAAGGCCACAGAGCCCGGGCUGUUCAGCGUGUGGGCGCACAAUGGCGAGGUGCGCACGGCCAGGCUGCUGAGCGAGCGCGAGGCACCCAAGCACAGGCUCCUGGUGUUGGUCAAGGACAAUGGGGAGCCGCCCCUGUCUGUCACCGUCACGCUGCACGUGCUCCUGGUGGAUGGCUUCUCUCAGCCCUACCUGCCUCUGCCUGAGGUGGCCUCUGAGGAGCCGCACGCUGACUCCCUCACUGUCUACUUGGUCAUCGCGCUGGCCUCGGUCUCCUCGCUCUUCCUCUUCUCUGUGCUCAUGUUUGUCGCUAUGAAGUUGUGCAGGAGGAAUAGAACAGUAUUUGAGGGUCGCUAUUCAUUGCCUGAGGGUCACUUUCCAGGCCACUUGGUGGACAUCAGUGGCACUGGGACCCUGUCCCAAAACUACCAGUAUGAAGUCUAUCUGGCAGGAAGUUCUGCAACAAGCGAGUUCAAGUUCCAGAGGGCUUUAAAUGAUAUGGAAGGAAAUGCCAACUUGGGAAAUGAUUUUGGAUUCAAUUAA